AUGAUUGCAAGGGUCGUUGACGGCCUGCCCUUAGCUGCUACAAUGCAAGAGGAUGACCAGAGCGGCUGCAAUAUACUGGAGUAUCAAAACCAAGCAAAAAUGCUGUUUAGAAAACUAGGGCCCCAAUCACCGAUACGCUGUUCCAUUGAAACUGGACCAUAUCUCUUUCACUAUUUGAUAGAGAAUGAGAUCUGUUACUUAGUCCUUUGUGAAAGGAAUUAUAGUAAACGACUUGCAUUCAGUUACUUAGAAGAAAUAGCUCAAGAGUUCUACCAACAAUACGGAAAAAGAGUCAAUACUGUGACCAGGCCGUACACAUUCAUCGAGUUCGACACGUGGAUGCAGCGUGCGCGGAAGCAAUAUGCCGAGGGCGGCGCCCGGGCGCGCCGCUCCGGCGCCGCGGCGCAGCUCGGUGGCCAAUUAGGCGAUGUGCAGCGUAUCAUGAUGCAGAACAUUGAUGAUGUACUGCAGCGCGGCGCUGUUCUGUCUGAGUUGGAUACUAAGACACAAAACUUAUCAAUGAUGUCACAGAAAUACAAGAAGGAUGCAACAUACCUAAAUACAAAGUCUAUGUUGGUGAAGGUCACUGCAGGGGCAGUGGUAUUACUAGUGAUUGUUUUGUAUUUCUGGGUGCUU